CAACUAACUAGAUCCGAAUUAAACAAUUUGAUUCAGUGGCAAACUAAAACUUUAUCCACUAUAUGUCUACCCAAAAAAAGGAGUGAACAUUUUUCGCUGUUAUACAGAAAGGCAGACCCCUACAUAUAUACACAUAUACGAAAGGCUACAUAUAUAUAAUAUGUGUGCAAGAAUCCUUUAGCAAAUUCAAGAAGAAACUACGCGAAUGUGCGCUUUUGGUUACCUAUUGUUUUUCGCCCUAUUGUUAACAACAAUUCUGGUGCUGUCCAUUAUUUUUGCCACCACCUCCAAGCGAUCCAUGUUGGAUAGCUUCGUACUAGUAUUCAAUUACACACAAGAACACCAGCCAGACCAAGAAAUGCAGCAACAACAACAGCCAACGGAAUAUCAGCAACAACCACAAAUGUUCCUAAAACAGAAAAUAUUUUGAGUUCCAUAAGUUGAUGAGUAUAGUGCCCCGAAAAAAAUAAAACGAAAAGAGAAAAAUCGAUUGGACGCUAGUGUACGCGAGUGAAAGAAUUUCUCAGUUGGUCAAGUGAAAUUACCACUAGAGAUACAAAAAAUACAGAGUGGCAAACGAAAAAAAUAUAUAUUGUUUUAUCAAACAUUAACUAAAAAUCAAAUCACAUUAAGUGCAAUCGAAAAAGUGCUAACUAGAUUCCUGACAACUUGUGCUAUAAUGAACUUUAAGGAUAUAGCCGUCCUAUAAGCCAGCAAUAGUUUGGCCUUAACUAAAGUUAACCGGAAACCAGGACACCCACAGAGAGGAAGGACAA